GCGUCUACGGCGAAAGCCGAGCCGUAAACUUCUUAAAAUUCCUUUCUCAACACUUCCGCAAUUCCUCUUUCGGGACCAAAACUCAUUUUGUUUGCGUGUGCGUGUGUGUAUGACCUACGAGCCUCCUUCUCCGCCUCCUUUCCUGUUACUUCCUCCUUGCUUUAUGGACCGGAAGAGUCCUUGAAACAAAACAGCUCGGCGGGCACUUCCGGGACCGGAGCCCGGGGUUCCGGGAGAGCGCUGGCAGGAGAGGGAAAGGCAGCGGCGGUGGCAGCUGGAGGAUGAAGAAGGAGCAUGUGCUGCACUGUCAGUUCUCCGCGUGGUACCCGCUCUUCCGAAGCCUUACCAUCAAGAGUGUCAUUCUUCCACUUCCUCAGAAUGUGAAGGAUUAUUUACUUGAUGAUGGAACUCUGGUGGUUUCAGGAAGGGAAGAUCCACCAACACACUCUCAGCCAGACAGGGAUGAUGAAGCAGAAGAAAUACAGUGGUCUGAUGAUGAGAACACAGCCACACUUACGGCACCAGAAUUUCCUGAGUUCACCACUACAGUCCAGGAAGCUAUCAAUUCCUUGGGGGGCAGUGUCUUUCCUAAACUUAACUGGAGUGCCCCAAGGGAUGCUUACUGGAUAGCCAUGAAUAGUUCUCUGAAAUGUAAAACCCUCAGCGACAUCUUUCUACUUUUCAAGAGUUCUGAUUUCAUCACUCGUGACUUUACUCAACCAUUUGUUCAUUGUACUGAUGAUUCUCCAGAUCCUUGUAUGGAAUAUGAGCUUGUUCUCCGAAAAUGGUGUGAAUUAAUUCCUGGGGCUGAGUUCCGAUGUUUUGUCAAGGAAAAUAAGCUUAUUGGUAUUUCUCAAAGGGACUACACACAAUACUAUGAUCAUAUUUCUAAACAAAAGGAAGAAAUUUGCAGAGGCAUACAAGACUUUUUCAGGAAACACAUACAGUAUAAAUUCUUAGAUGAAGACUUUGUAUUCGAUAUAUAUAGAGACAGUAGGGGGAAGGUGUGGCUAAUUGACUUUAAUCCAUUUGGUGAAGUCACAGAUUCACUACUGUUUACUUGGGAAGAACUGAUAUCUGGGAAAAACUUAAAAGGCGAUUUUAGUGAAGGAGAUGCUCAGGAGCAGGAUUCUCCAGCUUUCCGUUGCACCAACAGUGAGGUGACAGUCCAGCCUAGCCCCUAUCUAAGCUAUCGACUGCCCAAGGACUUUGUAGACCUUUCUACUGGGGAAGAUGCUCACAAACUAAUAGACUUCCUUAAACUGAAAAGAAAUCAGCAAGAGGAUGACUGAUUAGAGUGUUAGAGUUCAAGCCCCAGUUAAAGAGGAAACCAUUGCUACUCCAGGAGGCUGCGUAUAAGCCACAACUUCCUAUUGACCCAAAUCGGAUGGGGGUGGGGGCGGGCAGUGUAGAAGUCAACAGCUUUUUGUAUUCAUGUAUAUUCACCUGGAAAAAUGGAGGGACUUUGCUACUUGUAAACAUAACAUAAUAAAUAGAUCUUAAACAUAGGAAACCAUACUGUUCUGAUUGUAAAACACUUUCAAUGAAAUAUGUUGCUCUUCUGGCUUAGUAUACUUAGAUUUAGCUAUAUUUCUUGUACUGAUAUUUUUAUACCUAUCAGGUAGAUGGACACAUUUAUAUUUGUUACACAGAAACGGAUUCUUCCUUAAUCAUUACUUUUCCAUUUAAAAAAUAGAAUCUUAUAUUACUAUAGAAAAUAGUUUUCCUGCUUUGAGAAUUUUCAUAUAAUUUGCCUUUCAGUUUAGCUUCAGUUUGGGUAUAGCUAAAAAACAAAGACUUCCUAAACUAUCCAGUAACCUUGAAAUUUUUAGUAUACUACAACCACCUUACUAUAUACUAGUAGAACUAUCACAGAUUUCAUUAUAAUUUGGCCUUUUAAAGAAAUACUGGAAUUUUUGAGGAGGUAGAUUGAUUUUCUUUAAAAAGCCACUAUAUUAGUAAAUUAUUCUUCAGUUCCCUAAGUGGUGGUGAUGGUAUCAACAGUGUAUAAUUUAUUAUGUGCCAAGACAUUCUGCUAAGUCCUCUAAUUUUACAUCACUGAGCAACUUGAAGGAUAUAAACAUUACAGUUUCCCAGGGUGUAUCUAUCUAAUGUGGUAUCAAAGAAUAUUUUACUCAUUGAAGAUGUGUUUCUCAACAUACAAGAACACAUGUGAGUGCUGCCUGUAGGAAGACAGAGAGAAAAGUAAAGUUUCCCCUUACUGUGCAUGUAAAGCAGAUUAUAUAUGAUAUAAUGAUGAAAGAUGUGAUUUAUUUUUUGGUUAUCUGAAAAUCUAUAGCUUUUUGUGUGGUUUCACAGUUACAGUUGCUUGAUAUUAGUAUGUUAAAUACAAAGAUCAAGUUAUGAUCUUUGUACUCAGUAUAUCAGAUGCCAUUUUUGAGACCAAUUGUGUGAGAUACAGGUGCUUCAAAGUAUUUCUGGUUUUUUAAACUGCUCUUGGGGUGUCUAUUAACCCAUGAUAGAGGGGGUUUA